UCAGGCCGUUGGUUUCAGUUACAGCCAACCACAUUCCACUAUAAACUUUAACUGUGUUUGGGCUUCUUAGGAAGUUUAGACAAGGAAAAUUGCCACCAGAGAGGUAGAUGUGGAUGACUGGUGACAUUUUAGCACCUCAGACAACUUAAUGAGCAUAGCCGUUGUGGAUCACGUGACAGUCCCUCAUGUGUUUGCCGUGAACUUCAGGCUGUUAGCUGAAAUGAACAUUUCCCUUUGACCAACAGAAGGGUUUUGAAGACGCUUUCGUAUUUUGGCUAUGCAACUAUAAUUACGGGGGAAGUGAAGAGAGACUGUGGCAUUGGUUUAAGAAAGAAAAAGAGAGAGAGAAGAGAGAGGAAGAAAGAAUGAGAACAGCUGCCUUCACUGCAGUUUUUAUCUUAUCCUGCCUCAUAAGUGAGGAAGAAACUGUAUCAGUAAACAGUGUAUAAAGACAUCAUCAUCAUCAUCAUCAUCAUCAUCAUCAUCAUCAUCAUCAUCGCUAAACUAGAACAUGCAUAUCAUGUUUGGAAAGGUCAGAAACCUUUCCAAAUAAGGCAACAUGAAUGUUGGAGGUGUGAUUUGCAAGUUCUGUAAUCUCUCCAUCCCAUUCCAUGGAUGUAUGCUAGACUUUGGAACCUGCAGAACAAAGCCUGGUCAGUAUUGUAUAAAAGAGGUCCUCAUUAAAGGACCAACUGGGGUCUGGGUAGAUGGCUCAGUCAGUUCACUGCAUGAAGAGAUGAAAUGGGAUACCAAGAAUCCAAGUAAAGAAGACAGGCCUGGUAGGGGAAUCGAAUGGUAUUCAGUUAAAGGCUGCACUGAGGACAAAUCUGAGUGCUUUAAGAGGAUUAUAAAGAAUUAUGAAAUCCGCACUUCUCAUUGCUGCCACCGUCCCCUCUGCAACUUCUGAGGAGGUAGUCUACAUCUAUGUUAUUGACUAGCCAGUUAGAUCUGAAGCCUGGCCUGCUCUUCUGUCUUGAGGCCAUGGUCAGAAAUUGACUUUAGCAUUCUCUGUCCAUAUACCAUCCCAGCAUCUCACAAGAGCUCUGUAUUAGCUUUGUUUCUGUUGCUAUAAUAAAAUGUUCUGAUGAAAAGCA